UCACAUUAUCAUGCUUUCUUCAUGACUUCUCGUGCUGCAUUAAAAAUUAAAAUAAUAAAAUCUUAAAUAUUUAAAUUUAAAAACAUAUUUUUCAUUUUUUCGAUUUAAUCUAUUAAAACUAACAAAUUGACGUUUAAAAUUUGUUAGUUACUAAACGGCAGUAUUAUGUCAGAAGAACCAGCGGUGAACGGUGUCGGCGGUACCGAUGAACAAACCGAAAAUGUAGAUGAUGUGAAUGCUAAGAAAACUGUGAAAUAUGACAGCGGAGCAGCGGAUUUAGAAAAAGUGACCGACUAUGCGGAAGAAAAAGAAGUCAUAUCGACCGAUGACAUAUCUGGAGCAAUGACCAUCAUUGGUGACAGGAGGUUAAAAGAAGCGGCAGACAAAAUAGCAAAAGAAAAAGAAUUGCAAAAGGUCUCCAUAAAAAAGUCUGAUGUUGAACUGAUUAUACGAGAAAUGGAAAUAUCGAAAACGCUGGCUGAGAGGACGUUAAGAGAAUGUCACGGAGACGUCGUCAAAGCCCUGGUUGCCUUGACCAAUUGAAAAUAUAAAUCAACAUUUGGAAUUUUCUAAGUAAUUAGGAAACAAUUACGAAAAAAAUUCUACACUUUAUUAUAUAUUAUAUACGAAACACGC